UAUAAAUUUUGCCAAAUGUUAAUUGUAUUAUUUAGAAAAUUGAAAUUUACAAUAAUUAAUGCACAACAAUAAAAGCAUUACUACAAUUGAUAUAUUUACUAGAAGAUCAAGACUUUUGUAUCAGCAUAUAUCGGUCCCUACGUAAUACUUUUCAAUCUUUAAUAGAAAACUGUAAAUUAUAUAUUAUGAUUAUAAUAAACAAAAUAACUAAAUAAUAAUGGUAAUUAUUUUAUGAUUUCUUGAAAAGAGUAAUAAAGAGAAUUGUCUGCUUAUUAUACGCACUCGCCGCUUACGUCAACUCGUUUAUAUUUUUAAUUGUCUGUAUUAUUUAAUUCGCAAUAUAGAUAAUAACGGUUUUAUUACAUUUUAUAUUAAUUAUCAAAUUCAGGAAAGCUAAUUUCAAAGCUAAUGAAAUGAUUAUACUUGAUUAAAAAGCAGAAUGCGACGCUAUCUUCAUUAGUUUCCCCACGCAUAAAUAACGUGUUAUUGCACUAUUUCAAACGGCUGCCGGGCAAUUCAGUCUAAAAGUAUAAUUUUUUUUACACGUCUGUUUAAGUGCCAGAUCCACUGUACUUUGAACCGCAGGUAAACUGUUAGGUCAACUUGUUUAGGUAUUAUAUAAUAAUUAUAAAUGAUCAAUAAAAGAAACUUCAACGGGUAUGAUUUUGGCCAAAAAUGCUAUUAUUAUAAAACGCCCUCGCCAAGUGUUGUGCCAUUACCCACAUGCUAUACCUGCCAUUUCAGUGAUGAAGAUGUUUAAUUAUAUAAAAGGAAAAAUAGGCAUUAAAAGGCAAUGAAAUGAUCGAGUCACUGAAAUCUGUCGCUAGCUCCCGGACUAGAUCUGUUCGUUCUAAGCUAUCAUGCACUUAAUUGCAUGACACUUGGAAAGAAAAAGAACAAACAAUCGGUGUAGACUCGGUACAGGUAAAAAGAACAAACUGCAAAUCCGCGAGCGCCUCCGUGAACUUCGGUUAGCGCGCGAAACUUCUUGGCGGCGUGCGGCCAAAACAAACGCGGGUGAACGCGGGUUGCCACUUUUGUUUGUCGGCGUGGUUGGCCGCGAAGGACGCUGCGUAAAGGAGAAGAACGCGGAGCAACGCGGAGAGCUCUAGCUCGGACGGGUUGGAGCAGAGCGGCUAAUUACUCCUUUCUUUCCCCUUCCUCCCACCCUUCUGGUUUCUCGUGAGAUAUUCGGCCCAUUCGGGUGUUUCGGUUAUCGCGCACAUACACACAGCGAAUUCAGGCGCGUUUUCCGGACGGACCGCGCGAUUCGCUACGUUGGUGAUAAUCGCUCGUCCUCUUUUCCUCUCCUCCUCGCCCUUGUCGCGGGUGAGCGCGUCAGCGUGUUGGAUAUUGUCGUUCUUCCGGAGUCGUUCUCGGUGUUCAAGUCCAAGGUUGAGGAGUAGCGAUUUCGUGGUGGAGUGAAGGAUUAGUCCACACCGGUUCACGGGAGCGCGCGGGCGAGACGUGAGAUGAGCGGUGAUCGGUAAUCGCGGGCAGUCGCGCGGAAGGAAGAGAGCACGCGGAGGCGACAGGCGCGACAGACGAGAUGGCCACAACCACGAACGCGAUCUUCCCGAGGAUGCUGAAGGCGUUGCGGGAGAAUGGCAAUGUCAAGGAGAAGCGCGAGGCUUUAACCUAUAUCGCCAGUCAAGCUAAAAAGUUAGAGAUGAGUGGUGCUAUUAAGGAAGAACGAUAUAAGGAUGUAUGUAGACUGGUGAUAGAAGCGUUUUCAACGCAUGAGGGUACCUUGCAAAAUGAGGCACUGGGAGCAUUUAAUGCUAUCAUGCGAGAGUUUCGACAGCACCCUUUACAUCUUUUUGAAUCAAUGCUACAGACUGAUAUGAAAACGAGAUUAAAAAUAUUUAAACUGUUGGAGGUAUUAGAUGACAAUGCUAUUUCUGCAGCUGUCAAUGAGGGACAAAUUUUAAAUUUUUUUAAAAGCUGUUUGAUUAACGUUCAGCCUAGUUUAAUGGAAUGGUUAACGCCAACAGCAUGUGUUGAUAAUUUGCAAAUGUUGACAAAAAUUGAACAACAGCCUUUGUCAGAGGAGCAAAAGUUAGAGGAGGACAUAAACAGUUACGCGCUUGCUCUUUUGAGAAGAUUGUACAGACUGGCUUCAAUAACAUUUGACCAAAAUGUUCACAAGUAUGACACAUUGCUGAUGGAUAAGAUCGUAAAUCUGGCCUAUAUGGGACACAAACGCCAACGUGGUCCUGCUUUGAAAGUUUUGCAACAAGCUAUUUCGACUAACUCGGCAUCUCGUAUACGUAAAGAUUUUCCUGACUUGUGGGCACAAUACAAAACCAAUUUACAAUCUAUGUAUUAUAAACGCAUGUUGCUAUUGGUAGCUGCAUGCGAUCUGGAUUGGACUACACAAUGGAAUGCUACUAUCCAGUUUCUUGGCACUGAUCUUCAUCGUGGUGCCAGUCUUAUAAAUAAUUUACUGAGUGUUGAGGAAAAGGCUUUCAAAUCUACAGAUCCUAUUAUACGAAGACAAGCUUUCCUCUCAUGGAGAUUAUUGAUUGACAAUUUCGCAUUAGAUCAUGAAGAACUUGCUACUGCCAGAAGAAUAAAAUUACUCUGUAUUCCAUUAAAUGCAAAGAACAGUAAAACUGAAUUAAUUGCAUUGACGAAACUAGAAGUUUGGUGGCAUUUAAUUAUUAAAUUAUAUAAAGAUAUCGUGAAAUUUACUUCUCCUGUUAUAACACAAUUUUUAAAUUAUUGCUUUGGACCUCUUGGAGAUACGCCACUUCUCUCUUCUAAAUUCGACGUUGUUGCCUCUCCAGGGAAAAGAUUUUUUAAAACAAAAAUGGUUGCUGUGGACGCCUUGUGUCAAUUACUGGUCUCAAAGGAAGAUCUUUUUGCAGUUUGUUCUCCAAUGUUAGAAGAAAGACUUCCUCAUGCUAUAACUUAUGAGGUGUUUCAAGAAUGUUCGAAAAAUAUUAUUCAUAGUAUAGCGGAGGCCCUGCUCAUUCUUGGUCAACUUACGGACAAAGAAAUGAAAAAUCGUUUUCAACUUGGUAAAAUAUUAUGGACAAGUUUGAUGAUAUAUAUACGGAACGUUAAAGUUGAAACAAAGGACCAUCUGUAUAGAGAUGUGAUACUAGUUGUAACUGAAUUGGGAAACCAUAUAGAUAAAACCAUGGUGAGGGAUAUGAUAUUUAAUGUAAUAUUGCCAGAUGUUAAUCGCAUUAUUGAGAAAACUGAAAUUCAUGACAAUGCAUUGCCAGAAUUGGUAUUAAAACUUUUAACGUCUCCAAUAUUGGAUCAAGUGCUGAAGUACAUUUUGAAUUAUGACAGUAAUACAAUCAAGUGCCUUUUGGAGCGAUGUGUCAGUCCAGAAUUUACAUAUUCCUCAGGUGUAUUUGGAUUUCUGGAAACAAUAAUGGAGCAUCUAAAAUCAGUAUAUGACUCACAUAAAAAUAAGGAUAGUAAUGAAUUGGCUUAUAUUGAAGUAUGGUCUAUAGUAGCUGAAAUACUGACAAAAUACAUAAGAAACACUGAAAUUAAUGGAGACGAUAAUUUUAAAGUUAUGAAAUCAGUCUUGUCAUUUCCAUUUUAUACAUGUCUGGAUGAUUCUGAACUGGUAAAAAAUCAAUCGUUAGUAUGGAAGACUUUAUAUAAAGAAGUUGAAUUGCAUUCGGACUUGAUAACUACAAUAAAACCAAAUGAAAUCUUAUUGGAUACAGCAAGCAUGAUGCGGAAUUAUUUAAAUUCAAACAAAAAUUGUUGUACAUUUAUUGUAAAUUGCUUAGACGCUUUAUUGAGCACGCUUGAUUAUGAGUCUUUGAUAGCUCAUGAUGGAAUUCCAUCCAUUAUGCAACUAGUAUUAGAGGUUACAAAAGUUACUUUUAAUAAUGUACAAAAUCUUAACUCCGAAAUAGCUUUGAAAUCAUUAUCGGCUAUGCUUAUCACCAUAUAUGGACACAGUCCACAAACAGUAGUGUCAUAUUUGCACAAUUGUAAAUCAGUGAUUGAACUUAUACUUUCAUCGCAAAUAACGGCGCUUUUUAAAGAAAUUGCAAACACAUGGGAAUACAUGGUCAGUAUUUUUAAAGGGCUUAAUAAACAGUUAGAUUCCGAACUGUUAUCGUCGUACAAACAAGCAAUUGUAAUAGCCAUGAAUCAUGUCAAUCCAGAUAUAAAAUCAUUGACACAAUCUAUUUUUGAGAUUAAAGACAGCUUGGACAGUACCGCUAAGUGCAUUUUAGAUGAAAUAGAAAAAUCAAAAGAAAAAUCUCAUCCAAAAUCUGAUAGUGUUAAAAAGAAAAAAACAGAGAUAGGACAAACGAAAGAGGUGCGUAUAGCUGGGAGUUUUUUGAACAGAAAAUCAGCCAUCACAAAAUCAGUAUCCACCAGUAAAUCACUUGAGAAGAACGAUAAACAUAUGCUUACACUAUCUGAACCUGAUUCACAAGAUUAUGUGUAUAUAAAAACAGAUCUGAAAUUUGAUGUUAAUCGUUUGACGGAGCAUCAAAAAGAAACUUUAAAGAAGAAGAGAGAAGAUAUACCAGCAUUAUAUAAUGAUCUUUCUCAAUCGUCCUCACAAAAUUCUCAAAACUUACAACAAUGGUUUGAUAUUAAAGCUAAACAUAUUAAUGAGAUUGAUAAGGUCAGUAAUAAGAAUGAUUCUGCAAUGCAGAAACCUAUUGAUAGCGAUGCUAACAAGGAGAACAAAGUUACGAUUAAACAGGUAGAAUUUUCUAACGCAAUAGACAAGAUAGUUGACAAUAGUAACGAAUUGGAUGAAAAUAUUGAUGAAGAUACCGUCAGUAUUAAACAAAAUGAUAAUUCAACAAAAAAAGUUAAGAAAGAUGAAUCUAACGAAAAGCAGGAUACGUCGAAACAAACCAAUUUGUCUCUACAGGUGGCAUCUAUAAGUGGAAAAAAUACUACAUCGAAAGAUGACGAAGAAGUAGAUGCUGAAAUGACAAUGACAUCUGUUGCGAAAAAAUUGGAUUUUGAAUCACGGGAUGAAUUUCCUGAGGAAAAACCACGUGAACGAUCAACAUCCCCAUCGAUGUUGGACAGUAAACGGCGAAAUCGUAAUAGCGGGAUGAAAUUGACCUUGUCGUCGUCGAAAAGUGACGAAACUGUCGAAGCUCAAAAAGAUUCGAAUGCAACAAAUGUACAAAGAACAUUGAGAGUAAAGACUCAGAUAAAACCUGGUACAAAUAAACAUAAAUUAUCAGAUGAUGACGCUGAUAUUAAAGAAAAUUCUAAUGAAAAUAAGAAAGGUAUUAAACGUAAAUACACGUCGGAUACUGAAUCGGAUGGGAGCAUUCAACGUCGAAAACGAAAAUUAAUUUCAUCUAUUAGAAGCCUUAAUAACGAUGGUGGUGAAACGUCGCGAAGCAGUGAUAACAUUUUAUCAGGUAUAGACAUGGGUAGUGUGAGCCAACGUGUAAAAAAUGAAAUCUCUCGUUUAAAGAUUGAUAUGGUAUUUGAUUGUCAUGCAGUAAAUCGUCGUCGCGUCAAACAUUCGGAUGAAGGUGAGAAAGAAACGGUAGUACAUGGAUUAAGGAAAUACACAACAUUUGAUAAUAAGAGCUUUAAAGUGAAACCUGUGGAUGCAAAAUCUUCGGAGGGAUCGAAGAGAUCUCCAAAAGCGCAGGAUAAAAGUACGAAAGAUGCAGACGAUACAGAUCAAGGAGUAUUUAAGAGACGAGGUAGACGAAGCAAACACGAGUCUAAUAAAAACGAUUUGGACAUUAAUAAAGAUGUUAAUAAAGACAUUAACAAAGACGUUAAUAAAAACAUUAAUAGCGAUGUUAAUAAAGAUAAAGAUGUUAUAAAAGCCGAUGAUAUUAUCGAUAAGGUCCUGAUACCUGAUUCGAAAAAUGCUGACACAGAUUUAACAUAUAUAGUCCAAAUAUCCAGUGAAGCAGUACAGGAUGUUAACAAAGAUGAAGAAUUUGAUAAAGAUGAUUUGAAAUCUGACUCGGAUAUAAAAUCUGUGGAACCUACUGAACCGAGCGAACAGAGUCAAGAUGAAACCGAGGAUAUCGUUGAAAGUUCGCAAAUUCCUAAUGUUGAUUCAAAAAUAGAUAAAAUAUACCCUGAAAAACAGUGUUUUAUUAAGAUUGACAAAAUAACUGAUGUCCACUGUUCAAAUAGUGUUGUUAAAACUUCUGAUGCAAUUGUUAACAAAAAUUAUGUACCUGAAUCUAUCCCCAUGGAUUGUGGUGAUAAUGAUGUACCUGAUCCAUGUGAAGAAUUAAAUACAGUUAAUUCUGACAGUACUGUCGAAACGAAGGACGAAGAAAACACAGAUAGCGUAGAUAAAGACUCGAUUCAAAAAGAUGAUAAUUCUAAUACAAAGAGUUUAAUUUCAGAAGCUCAGAAAACAAUCGACAACUCAUCAUCGGUUAAACACACGAGUGUGAUUACUUUUUCUUCGCCAAGAAGCAAUAGCAAGAUAUUUUCUAAACCGAAACCCUUUACAGGACGUGCUGCUCAUAUGCUAGGUUUAGUCACGAGUCAGGCGCGACUCGAGGGUGAACCGCCUAUCGUAUUAGAGGAAGAAUUGUCCGUAAAGAAAUUAAAAGCGAAGGACACGGAGAAUGAAAUGUCAAGUAAAAAAACAAUGGUUAAAGAAACGGAUAAGAUAGGUGGACCUUCUGGCAGUCGACAAGAAAAAAUUUUCAACAACAUGAGAUCGACCGAUUAUUCUGUAUCGUCUACACACACAUUCACUACUUUGAAAAACGAUGGCGAAAAGCUCUCGUUUAGAUUGAACAAGGGUACCUCGGAAAACUUACCAACAGAAAGUUUAAUUGAAAAGGAAAAUGAAAAGACUGCUUCGCCAUUGCGUGAAAAGGAUGAUCUGCCGAUAUUGGAAUGGUCAAAUGCUAAUCCACCUUCUUUAACAGCAUCACCGAGCGCUAGUAUUCUUAAGCGUAAUCGGUCAAGUCUACCGGAAUCAGAACUAGAUAUUUCAACUCCUAAGCGAAAGCGAGUAAGUUUUGCAGAUCCACCGGUAUCGAAAGAGAUGGGCUAUGAGAUUGCCGCUGUGGAAUCUCCGCAAAAAUUAAAAUAUUCGAUAACACGCAUUCCUACGCCGAGAAAGGAUUCCCCCAUUAGGUUCAAGCAAACCAAACUCAAACUUAUACCAUUUGACACAGAGAAAAUAAUAAUUGAGGAUGAUACUCAGAAUGAAAACGACAAUGAAGUCGUUGUCGAGGCCGAGAAAAAGAAUGAGUCACUAACAAAAAUAUCUGAAGCAUAUGCAGAAGGUUUAGAUGACGAACACUUACCUGACAAUUCUACAGAAAAUAGUAAUAUUAUUGAUACAAAUUCUUGUACGCGGAUUGAGGUUAUCGACGAAUUAGAAUUAGCACAAGAAAUUGAGAUAACUACGGAUUCACUUGCCCCAGGAAACAAUCAACAGUUAACGGUCAAUAAUCAACAGUCUUCCUCACCUGAACUUUCUGACAACGCUUUGCCGAUGGAUAUUGAAACGGAAGAUUCCGAAACGCAGAAAGACAUUUUUGAUGGAAUGGACAUAAAGACUGAUGUCACUGUGACUCAGACGAGUAACGAUGACAUGAAUACGAUCAUCCAGAAUAAAUCAGAAGACUCUUUUAAACUAAAUGUGACCGAUGAUUCUGUGAUAGCUGCUUUACCUACCAAAGACGACAAUUUGACAAAUAGGACAUUGGAAGAUACUAUAGACAUCCAGAAUGUCACCGGAUUGAAUUCCACUACAAAUACAGACGAAAUAUUCUGUGGAAAGUUAAUACGCAGCAGUACGCAAACGACAGAGAACGUGGCGGAACAGGAUACUUUGCCGGUAACAGACUCCAUAUUUGAGAGUUUAGCCUCGACUGAAGACACUCAAAACCAGGAGGCUUCAAUUAAUGAGGAACUCGACCCUGAAUUUUUGAACUCUACGCAGUCUAUCUAUCCAACGCUAUCAUCCUGCGUGGAGCCUAUCGAUAGUAUCGUUGAUCGAUUGACUUAUCCUCUUUGGAGGAAUAAUUUGAAUGCAUAUUUCACAAAUAGAAAUUUGUACACAAUCGGCGAUUUUGCCCAGUUGUCGGAACGUGAGAUUAACAGAAUGCCCGUAAAAGGUAAAUCAAAGAUUGAAUUCGUGAAAAAGGUUUUAGAGCAUUUUGAAAGUACACGCAUGCCGCCAACAGAGCCUGCCGACAAGAAAGCAAAUGAAAUGAGACAAUCGCCUGCUAAGGCGACAGACGAAACGUCAACUGUUGCAUCAAUUGCUGCGAUGUCUGACCUCCCAAUAGAAUGUGCGAUAAUCAACAAAGAAUCCGUUGUUUGUAACACGUUAUUUGUCCAAGCUAUCGAAGGCACAUCCCAUAAUCUGUCAGCAACAGAUUUGCCUGCAGAAGAUUCAGAUAAAACGGAGUCGAUCACCAGUGAUAUAGAUAUUUCAUUAGAACCCACGAUUUCAGAUCAUCAUGAUUUGUCGACUUCAAGCACUUUUAAGGAUGAACAGAUAAAUGCAAAGAUAUCGAUUGCUGCUCAAAUUUCAAAGCCUGGAACGUCUACAGAUAAUGCUAAAUCCGUACCAAUCCCUUCAUUGUCUUCUGAAAGCAUUGCAACUGCGAAUGAAUUAUCUUUGACUAAUCUGGACGCAUCAAUUUCUGUCGGAUCUUCAAGUGUGUGUGACGAACUUCUGAUCACACACUCCUCCAUUGGUACUAAUACUGAUGAAAUCGGAUGCACAACGCCAACUGUACAAAAGUGCACAAAAUCCGUUGCGUCUCAAAUGACACUUGCGGAAUUACUAGACGAAAUUGACGUAAACCAGGUGUUAGAAAGCGCAUGUAGAAGAAGCAGUGCUGAGACAAUUCUUCUGCAAUACAAGAUAAAAAUGGCACAUUUGAAGGAAGCAGAGCUGCUGAAGGAAACAAUCAGAUUGCUCGGUUUGCAGAACAAACAGCAUGCUAACGAUGCAUCGUUGAAAGUAGCCUGCCGCGCGAGUGGCGUCAACAAGGUUCUUCUUAGAUUGCCUGACAUUUUUAGCUAUGACAAACAAUUUUUCGAUAAAGUGCUCAAAGUGUACAGCAAGAAGCUCAAUAUAGCCGAUGGCAUGAAUAACUUAAAUUUUAAUCAGUUGAAAAGCGCCAUAUGUAAAAAAUGCACAUCGCCCGAAAUCAUCGAGAUUUUGUCAGAGAGGUUAAAGCAGGAAGAGCAAGAAGGUAUCAAGCAAUCUAUGCCGGAACUGACAAGUUUGAAUGCUAUGUUGCAAAGAUUGCCAAGGGACGUUAUCAUAAGUCAUACCGUAGCGAACGAAGAGCUUAUACCGGCGUCAGUAGUUCUGGAUAUUGCUUUACAGAACAACAGCCCAGGAGAUAUAGCGCAAGCGUUAAACCAGUCACCCGUCAUGGCUAAACGCAUCUUAGACAAACUGUGGACGUCCCAAUACACAGUUGCGCAUAUCGAAAAUAAUGACGUAUCCAAAGAGAGCUUGCUUGAUAUAUUUAAGAGUAUAUCCUCUAAACUGACUACACAAGAACUGCUAGAUGCAUAUCACGAAGUUAUGAUGAGCAAACUUAACGACGUGAAAAUGGAUCUUAAGCAUGAGAAACAAUAAAUCGAAAUCGACAGAUUUCAUUUUCAGCAUUGUAAAUCAUACAGAAAUGUUACACAAAACAAUAGAUGACGAGCACCAGAUAUUUCUUCUUUAGUACGCGAAAGUUAGAAUAAUUAUUUUUUAAUUGAUUGCGCCAUAUUAGUAGUAUAACUUGUAUAUUGUAUAUAUACAUAUAUUUACACAUUGAAAGAUUUUUCAUUAUUUUAGUAGGUAAAGAAAAGGAGACCUGCUUAAAAUAUACAGAAGUGCAUAUAAAGAAAGAAAUAGGAGUUUAGGACUUCCGCAUAUUUCUAACUUUUUGUUCUACAAGUCACUUAUAUCAGUUUAAUUUACAUUUCUUCAAUUUGUGAAAAUUGACAAAUCCGUUUUUAAAAAUAUUUUUAUCGAUUAAUUCGCUAAAAUUGUAGCUGUUAUCUAAAAAUGGUGUGUGGUAUUGCAUUGUUCCUAAAUGAAUGAAUGAGCGAUUGCUAUUCUCUUAUAAACAAGUAUUUUGUAAGACCAAAUGCACAAUUAUCAAUAAUUAUUUAUUUUUUAGAUAAUACAUUUUUUCAAGUUAUGAAAUAUAUGAUAAAAUUUGUACAGGGCAUCCUUUUUUUUAUUAUUACUAUGCCAAAUAUCCUCAUUUGUUUCUUACGACGUGUGAUAAGGGAAAUUUAUUUUCAAAAAAGUAAAUCUUGUGAUUGAGAUACAAAUUUUUUCCAUAAUUGAUCUUUUGAAAAGAAAUAUUUUGUAUGAUAUCCUUUACACGGGAUGUCUUAUUUAACGUGUUUUAUUAUUGCUUCUGCAUUAAGGUAAUUUACAUUCUUUAUUUUUAUUUUACUUUAUGUAAUUUAUAUCUUCAACAUGUAUAUCUUGUUGACGAUUAAAUUUGUGUGUAAAAAAAAAGAUUUUCAUAAAGUCCGUGAAGUAAUGCUUUUCGGCGAGGUCGAAUUUAACACGCCCAAAUACUUUAAUAAUUAGGCUACGACCAGUUCAGUAAUCAAUUUUUUAAUUUAAGCAUAUCAUUGUAAAUAUACAUGUAUGUAUAUCAUUAAUCAAUAUAUUCGCUGAUUAAUACGCUUUUUAUGCAUCGUUUUUAUUAUACCCGAUACAUCGGCAAGAACUUACAGACACUGAAGUUGAUUGGUAAUACAGAAGCAUUAAAGUGUGAAACAUUGUUUAAUUAUUUCUCAAGGAUAAAAAAUAUGUCCUAGAUGUAGCUGUGUCUGUGAUUUAAAUACAUUUAGCUUUAAUAAUUAAUUCUAAUAGUUGUAUACAAUUGUAGGUAAGUUAUAAGUAUAAUGAAUCUAUCUUGUAAUUUCUUCGAUCUUCUUUACUAUCAAAAAAUUAUGCGUAUAUAUAGUGUAAAUGUGUUCUAUAAAAAUAAAAUAAUAUUUUAUGUAA